UUUCGAAAACGCCACUACAGAAAAAGAAGAAGACGCAGGAGCGAGCGAUGAGCGACGCGUACGAGCGGCAGUGAGUGGCUUCUUCUCCGUCCAGCACCGGAUGUUUCAUAUGCUUUGUGAGUUCACUCUGUGAGGGUCAGCACCCUCAGGGGUGGAAUGAUCUGCAGAAUCCUAACCUAGCAAGGCCGGCGGCUUCAGUGGAAACCUAAACUGGGACCAGCACUCUCAUGUUCCUGCACAGCAGUAAAUAGCUCCGUUUAACACCACUGUUGCACAGUCACAAAGAAGAGGCUUUCCACCAUGGAGGGUGUGGCAGUGGACAACCUAAUAGACUUCGACCUACCGUCAGAGACCAAGACUCUCAACAUAGAUGGAGGUCAACACCAAGGACACACAGACAUUUUCUCCCCAGAGCCAGCUUCUUCCACAGGAGUCCACCAGCUGCCAGAGCCCAUGGCUCCAACCAAGCCCAACUCCCACCACCAGUCAGAGGAGGGAAACAAUGACAGUGAUGCUACAGAGUCGGCAGACAGUGAAAAUGACAUGGACCCACCCUCUAAUGAAUGGGAACUAAGAAGGUCGUCGUCUUCGUCGGCUCACAGCGGGGAGGAGGCCGACGCCGAGACAGUGGAGAGGAGGCAGUUCAUGAAGACGUAUGUGGAGAAGGUGUUUCAUGGAAAAGAGGACUUUGACCAAGAGGAGAAGGCUCGUUUUGGAGAGUUGUGCAGUGGAGAGAAUGGAAAAGGCAGGGAGUGGUUUGCCAAGUAUGUCAGCGCUCAGCGCUGCCACUCCAAAUGUGUGAGCGAGGCCACCUUCUACAGACUCGUGCAGUCUUUUGCAGUUGUGCUAUUUGAGUGUUACCAGAUGGACGACUACAGCCCAGCAAAAAACCUCAUGACCAUGUGCUUCACUUAUUACUACGUUGGAAAGUCUCAGCCAUCUCCCUCGGAGCUGUUGGAUCGCGGUGGUGCUCCAGCUGGUCUGGACUCUUAUCUCAACAAGGCUAACACCUGGCUGACAGGGAAGAAGGACGCUGCCGAGCGCCUCCUUAAACACACGUCCAAGACUGACGUCAAAGGCUUCUUUGGGGGCCUGGAGAGCAAGUUGAGAAGCUCAGUGGCUCCCAAGUCUGACGAUGGGGAAAAUCCGGGGGAGACGAAGCCUAAAUCACCAGUGUCAGGCGCUCCAGAGGAAAAGAAAGGGGAAAAGGUGUACCUGUACACUCACCUGAAGCAGCAACCUAUCUGGCACACGCUGAGAUUUUGGAACGCUGCCUUUUUUGAUGCUGUCCAUUGUGAGAGGAAGAAAAGAUCUCCGACCACGAGGGGAACGCAGGAUGAAGAGAAAGAUGUGAGGGAGAAGUGGUGUCACAUGACUGAUGAGGAGAAGAAGGACAGCUACAAAAUCGAUGAGAACAUCGCCUUUGGCCAGCUGGGGACGUUCACUCACAACAUGCUGGCGUUUGGUCUGAGUAGGAAGCUCUGCAAUGACUUCCUGAAGAAGCAGGCAGUUAUUGGGAACCUGAAUGAAGAACAGUACAAGCUGCUGACUGAGCACAUAGAGAGAAUGGCAGCAGAGUGAGUUUGAGAGUGACUGGCUGCAUCUCAAAGCCUCCACGUGACAAUCUGACAGCACACAGCAACACAUCAGCCGUUUCCUUCCAGCUCCACGUCGCUCUAUCCGACUUUCCCGCUGGCUCUUUUUUCUUUUUUUAAAUUUCCUGCUGCUUUUGUGUGGUGCGCUGCUGAAAAACAACACGACCUGCUGUACUGAGCUGUGCCAUACCUGUAGCAAAACCCUUCCAUCUGCACCGUGUGCUGGAUCAGCAAUAAUAAGGCCAUCGUUACUUUAAUAUUUAUAAUAGUCAUGUGUCUGUGACCUGGUAGAUCUGUCUGUGACGUAAACUAAAGGAAUAAACCAUCCAGUAUAAGCCUCGAACAGCCUCAGAUACACUGGAUUUAUGUAUUACACCAGUGACGUGUAUGUUACGUAUCCUAUAUGCUGUUUAUUCUGUGUUUCUCAGUGACCAUAUUUAUUAUAGGAAGAAGUCAAGCAACCUAUCUAACAGCAUUAAUGGCAAUAAGAAUUCAUUGUGCUUUAAUCUGCUGUUCAGGUGGCUUUAGGUCAGUUUUUAUUCCUCGAAACUUUAUUGUGCAUUUUUUUUUCUGUAAAUACACAAAAACUGUUUGAUAAAAUUUACAUUUAAACAAAACUUUAUUGCAAUAUUUUCCCAUGCAUUCUCUUUAGAGCAGUGCGCACAAAGAUGGUACACGCAACAAUUAACACUGCAAACCAAUUACUGGGUUUUAGUAAACGGGGUGCAUCGCUUCACUUAGCAUUUGGCUAAAAAGCUAACUUUUGGAUCUGCUAGCACAUCUUUUGUUCUUCUUAUUGUAACACAAAAGAGCUAACCUGGCUUAGAUUAUAGGUGACAUCAUCAACCAACAACUAUAUUUUUCUUUAAAACGACAAUGAUUUCAAUUUUUGCAGUGAAAUAAGCAUAAAUGAUAGAACUUCCUAAAGAAGCUGCACAGGCAUCCGCUUCCUUUAUGUCACGCUAGCUCGAGCAGCAGUUACAGACGGUGGUAACAACCACAGUUACAACCUUACUCAAUGAAUCCAUUCUCAAAGCUGUAAAUUAAAUAUGAAGUCGCAGCAACAGCAGUGAUUGGGUUAUGAUUGGGUUAACUUAGCUACAGAAACGAGAAUUACAGAGAGAAACAGGAAGCCUGGUGUUGACCAAACAUGGCAAACCGCCUUCCAGCUCCUCUCGUCAGCUCACUGAAGAUCAUAUCAAGUUAUUUAUCGAUGCAAAAAGGUAGAUAUAACAAUGAUUUGUGGCUUUAUGCUAAGCUAACCAUCUUUCGCCUCUAAUUUAUGUGAAAUAAUUAUUUAAUCCUUUUGUUUUUCACUUCAAGAUUCACACAUUUGCAAUUCAGAGAUGCUGAUUUUAUUUAUCUAUUUAUUUUGUUUUACUGUUAUUAUUACUGUAACUGUGGGACUCCUUAUCUUUCCAAAGUGCCUUCUGUCCACGUCAGCGUCCUUUUCUUUAUCCUAUUAUUCUACCCUCACUCAGCUGACCAAACAUUCGUACACGCUCCUCUGCUGUGGCUGUUUGUGUCUUCAGUGAUGGACAUGUGUUAGUGGUCUGUUUCCAUGUGGCUGUAAUGUAACAUUAAUAUCAUUUAAGCAUGUUGCCUGGUUCUGGUGCAUGUGCGUCCAUAUGACAUUUGUAUUACUUUAGUCUGCCACUGUGGGGCAGCAUUGUCUGCACUUCUCAGUGGGAGAAUUUAAACAGGAAUAUCUGAAAGUUUUAAAGUCAGGCUGACACAUUCAGGCGGGAUGAAUCCCAUUUUUGUCCAAUAGUGAAGUUAUUAUGUAUAUAUUGUAUAUUUCUCUGUAUGCUGUUGUUGUUUAAUCGUAAAUGUAUAAAUCAUAGAUGUAAUUGUGAACCUUGACCUUAGUCUGACUGUAAUGUGACCCUGAAGUGCCCCCCUGGACAUCCCAGCUGUAUUCAUGUGUGCAGAUACUGAUGUUGUUGUGAAAUGUGAAUCAUUCGUUCAUAGCAAUCUUGAUCAACGUGCAUAACUGACGUCUUUGCAAAUCAUCCAAACCCAUUUUUCCCCACGUUCUUAGACUGUGUGCACACUGACUUAACCAUUGUGUUUGUCCCCAUGCCAUGUUCCAGCUUUAAAUGCUCUGAUUUUUAAUAUUACCCUUUGCUUGUGCUUUUUAGCCAAGCAUGAGCAAUUUGCACUACACUUAUUCUAACAUAUCCCUCUAUAGACAAAUUCAGGUGUAAGUGAAGGUACAGAGCCCCAAACUGUUCAGUGGUAAGUGAAUUAAAAAAAAAACUUAUAAAGUGAAUUAUCUGUGUAAGUGAUAUAAAUGAACCAAUAAAUGAUUAUGUAAUUAAAAAAAAAUUAAGGUGACUUUAUUUCAUAAUAUUAUUUUUGGGCUAUAUUGUUAGAUUUUUGUUUAAACACCAUAAAAUAUAAUUAGAAAUUAAAGAGUGGAAUUGUAAACUGAUAUGAAAUGUAUUAUAUUGAAAUUUGAACGGUUACUAUGGAAACUUUCUGCCAAUGGAAAAAAUUUAAGUUGAAACAAAAAUUGCCAGAAAAUUUGUCAAAACUUUGUUAUUUUCUUAAAAGUUCAGUUUAUGUGAAAAUUUUGAUUAUUCUGAAAUACUGAGAAUUUCAAAAUGCCCAACUUGAAUUUUUGACAUUAUUUGAAAUUCUAUCACAUGUAACUUGUAUGAAGUCACAAUUUUGAGACACUAACCCAAAUUUCUUUAACUGACAGCAAAUUUCUCUAGUGAGUUUCAAGCUUCUAUAUAUUACGCUAAAUAAAUAAAAUAUAAAUGAAUUUUUUAAUUAUAAAAAUAAUAUCUCGCUUGAAAUAAAACCAUGUUACGGGGGGGGGGACUACAACAUGUCAUGGAAAUAAUUUAAAAAAAAACUUUAAGUUACUGAGUCAGAACAAUUUAAUUGGUUUAAUGCACAUAAAAAGUUACACAACUAAUUUUUAAAAAUUUCUACAUGUUCCAAAUAGCGUCCAUCAUCAGGAAAAAGCAAAGCAAUCUUCCCGCUUUUAUUCCCGCAACUCAAACUUUUACUGUACUGAUUCAGCUGUUACACAAUCAGACGCUUCCGCUUUUAGUUUGUUUGUGUGAUUGCAACGCAGUAAAUCAGUGAGCCUGGGUCAUUUUAGCUGGAAUCAGUGUCUCAGUUGAAAGUUAUUCCACGUAAUGUUCAUCAAAGCUGCAUUUGUUAAUAUGUUACAAGGUUUGUGAGGAGUGCUUUUCCACUGAACAACCUCCAAAUUCACAGACGACCUUCAUCUGUCAGAGGCACAGCUGACCAUCAUUAACCCAAACAUCUUUGCUUUCAUCCUCACUGUAAAUACCCCCCACCCCCACCCCCACCCGCGCAGUAAUGGAUGCUUGUAGUUCAACACCCAUUUUAGCUGCCAGGGUCAUCUGUACUCUCAGCUCCCUCUGAAUAAACCUAUAUUUGCUCUGCAUGGCUGGUGCCCACGUCUUCGCUACGUCCUGCUGUGAAAUGUUGAAGAUUAACUUUGUGUAGUGUAAACCAUGUGAAAUCAUUAAAGUAUUCUUACAUUGUU